AUGGAUAAUGUUCAACAGAACCUUCAUGGUGACAUUUGUCUCCUUGACCCAUACUUGACCACCAGCAAUUGUUUACGACACGGCCCAGAACAACUCCCAAAGCUGACUCAGACUGUAGUGACACAUCAUCGGCGCAGUCACACUGAAUUCACAGGAGAUCAAUUGAAAAUCCCCAUCAACACCUUCAACCAGAAGCCUUACCCUGAUUAUGAGACCAAAAGAGAACUUGCCGAAGAAGUCAACACUGAAGAGUCAAGAAUUCAGAUUUGGUUUCAGAAUCAAAGAGCCAGGCAUCUACUCAAGAAGAAAUCAGACCUGGAGAAGGCUUUAGAAUCAAGUGAAGUCCCUGGGCAACACCACCCUGCGCAGCAGAUUCGAGGUACAGAAGACAGAUGGCAUCAUACCAGCUGUAGCUUCUCUCCAUUACAAACGCUCAACAAGGCUUUUCUGAACAACCCUUACCCUGGGAUUGAUUCCAGAGAACAACUUGCCAAGGAAAUUGAGGUUCCAGAGUCAAGAGUUCAAAUUUGGUUUCAGAAUCGAAGAUCUAGAUUACAUGCCCAGAAAAAAAGGGAACCUGAGUCCUUAGAACAAAAUGAGAGACAAGAUCUCUGA